UGUCAUUCAUUCUGGGAAUAAAGUGCGCUCGGUGAACAUCAGCUCCCUGGUUUUAUUGGAAGAUAUCCCCCAGGAUAGGGACUUCACAGUGGCGACGAAGAAAAAUCGGUGCCGGGACAUUUGUGCGCGUGUAACGAAAAAAAUUCGCGUCGAAAACAAUGUCGGUCGGCAAAUUAGCGGAGUUCCAAGUGCGCGGCGGCACGUGGUCGUCAUACGUAGAUAGACUCGAAAUGUACUAUAAAGUGAAUAAAAUAAGUGCCGACCUAAAACUACCUAUAUUAAUUGCGAGUAUGGGUGAUGAGGCCUACGAGUUACUGGUGAACUUGGCGUGUCCUAGUAAGCCGUCGGACAUAACCUAUGAGGCCGCGUGUGACCUACUACGUGACCAUCUGCAGCCUUCCCCGUCGGUGUGGGCGGAACGGUUCAGGUUCAGACAGAGGCGGCAAAGCGCAGAAGAAAACGUUUCGGGUUACGUGGCCGCACUCAAAAAGGCGGCACGUCUUUGCAACUUUGGAGAUAAGCUGAACGACAACCUCCGGGAUCAGCUCGUGUGCGGGCUGAGGAGCGACGUCAUUCGUCAGCGCCUGUUCGCCGAGGACGACACAUUGACGUUCACGAACGCGGUGAAGCUGGCCACGUCACUGGAAGCGGCGGAGAUAAACGCGGCAGCGGUGGAGGCGCCGGGAGCCAGUGGCGGCGGCGGCGGCGGCGGGGCGGCCAGCUCCGGGGGCGCGGUGCAUGCGCUCGAGCUGGCGCAGCAGGGGCGCGCGCGCGGGCCGCAGCGGGGCGGCGGCGGCGGCGCGGGCGGCGGUCCCCACAGCAGCCGGGGCGCUGGUAGCUACAGCAGCAGCGGCGCGGGUGGAGCGGCGUUCAAUGGAGCCGACGGUUGGCGUCAAUCGCGGGGCCACGAGGCAGUGACGGCAGCAGGGCCCGGCCGAGGGGCAUGUCGUGCUUGUGGUGCGCGCAACCAUUCGGAGAAUAGUUGUCGUUUCCGGGACUAUGUGUGCAGCCGGUGCAGGGAGACGGGCCACCUGAGGCGGGUGUGCCCGCGUGCGGCGGGGCGCGGGCGGACCGCGGGCGGCGGCGGCGGCCGCGCCCCGGGCCGGGUGCACUACGGAGCGACCGCUGCGGAACCUGACUCCUGGGAGGAGAACCUCGGCGAGGGCGCCGAUCUCGAGGAGGCGUUACACAGCUUGUGUCUAAACGAUUACAGAGCGGUAUAAGGAGUUGUUUUCGGGCGGACUGGGUCGGUACACUGGCGGCGCGGCGCGGCUGCGCGUGCGCGAGGGCGCCCGGCCCGUGUUCCACCGCGCGCGGCCGCUGCCCUUCGCGCUGCGGGAGCGCGUGGACCGCGAGCUG